AUGUUGAUUAUUACAUUUUUGAUAUUCCCAAUAGGGCUGGCAACAAUAAAAUAUGAUAGUAACUAUUAUCUAGAUUGGAACAAGGAUGUUGUACCAGAUUUUAAUUGUAGUAAAGGAUCAAUAUAUGAUGCAACAAUAACAUUCUCAGACUCAUUUGCAAAUAUUCCGCAAGUGUUUAUCACUCAUGAGAAGAUAGAGAUGCAUUGGGCAUUACAGACAUUACAUUAACAAGUAAGUGUAUAAUUGAAGAUCAUAGACUUUGCUAUGCGAUUGUACUGUGAAUAUGAGAAAGGCUAUAGGUUCAAAAUAAGGUGGUUUGCAGUUGAUGAUCAAAGAAUAUAAGUUAUCAGUUAGUUUAAUUUGAUUCCGCCUUAGAACCUCAGUUAUUAUUAUGCAAACGCAAAUUGUGAUACUUCUUUCGUUACACUUACAAGUUUUAGUUAGAAAGGGUCUACAGAGGUUUAAUUAUCAGUUAUUUUAACACCUCCUAAUAUAGUUUCAAUAUAUUCCCCCUAUUCUCCUGGAAAAUCAGAAAAUUUAACCUCUAUUGGAUUUUAAAUUAUUUUAGGAAUUGAUGAAGCCUUCAUUUAAUCUAACACAAUUUUAGCGCUUUCAAAUUAUGAUUCUAAUGUAUACGAUCCUAAUCAAGCAGAUCGAGUAGAGUUUUAUCCAUUUUCCGGUAUGGAUUUUCUGAAUACAUAUAUAUUACAAUGGUUAGUAGUUAUAGAUAACAAUGGUGUUGGUACAAAAUAUUAGAUAAAAGAUUGUAAAAUUAAAUCAAUAUCAAUUUAUAGGGGGGGCAGGAUAUACUACAAAUUACCAUAGAAAAGUUCGAAUGCUGAAAUCUUUUACAAAAGUAUUUUCGCCUAUUCUCUGCAAUUUUAUAAGAUUUUCUUCGAAACUUGA